UGCAGAGACUGUGGGUGGUAGCUGCCUUAGCAGAGCCUGUCCAACUGUGGAGCUUAUCCAGCAGCAGGAGCCACGUGGCACACUGGGGCGUAGGGGAGGGCUCUGGGGCUUGGGUACGGUUGCUGUGCCACAGCAGAGCUGCACUUCAGAGUUGGACAGAACAGCAGUGACUCCAGAUGCAUAAUUCAUAAAGUACUUUUGGGAUUACAAGAAUCAUGAACGAUUUCUUUCAAACAGGUACAGAGAAAGCAUGCAACCAAAUCAAAACACUGUGGAUGUAUGGAACAGUCUGAUACCUGGAUACACAGGCUACAUCCCCCAAAGAUUCUACAGAAUUGGUACUACUUAUGGAGAUGACUCAAUGGCAUGUAUGACCUCCUUCCAUAGUGCUACUCAAAGAAACAAAGAAACGGUGGAUGAGCUGAAACACAUAGCAGCCACUACACCCAAACUUCCACCUAUUUGCUCCAAUGAAGAUGUUUUACAAGCACUUUAUGAGUAUAAUUAUAAACACCAUCCUCAUGUGCUAGGUACUAUAGAAACUAAGAGACAUUUCCUAGAGCCUCCUAUUCCUGGCUGGACUGGGUUUGUGCCUAGAGCAAGGGUCACUGAACUGGGAUAUGGAAUUCGUUACCAUGAAAUGGCAAAAAAGUGUUUUCAGGAUUUUAAGAACAUAGUAAAUAAGGUCCACUGCGAUCCAUCCAACAAUUUACACAAAGGCAAAAAGGAUGAAGUUAAAGUGAGCAAAGGUCCCAGUAUAGACCGAAGAUUCUACAGGCCAGAAGGGAUGCUGCCAAAAUACAGUGGUCAUAUUCCACAUGAACGUCUUGUCAUAGGGAAAACCUUUGGAAACCUGUGCCGAAGCUGCUCUGUAUGUUCGCACAUGGAGGAGUCCUAUGGCGUAUAUCUCACUAAGAAACAUAAUGCUGCACUGAAGCUCCAGAAGAACUUGAAAUGUAACGUGAGAAGUUGAAAUGUGCAAUGAUGAGGACUUUAGCGACUGAUUAAAAACUACUGAAAUAUC